AAAAUAUCUACCACGUGACCUCUAUUUCCGGUAACUUUUCCAGUCGGGAAAAAUUCUAAAGAUUUGGAGUUUUUUAACGUGAUGUAAACACUACAAACAUGUGGUUACAACAGAAUACCAAAUGAGAAGUGUACUUGAAAUGGCUGCCCUGCUAGUCCUGUUCCUGGGCGUCCUGGACACGUCACUAGUGCUUGGACAGUUGGGAGAGUCACCUGAUGUAGGACCUCCGGUGGAAUGCAGUGGAAAUCGCUAUCGGACCCAUGAUAAAAACUGUGUCAACUGCACUGAAUGUCCACCAGAUCUGAUCGUCAUUAAAUUGUGUUCUCCAAAAACAGACACAAAAUGUGGGCCAUUUUUAGGCUUUUCUUUCCAGGAAUCACAAAGAUCCCAGCAAGUGCUGCCAGAAGACAAUGCAUAUAAUAAUAAAACACUGCUGAAGUUUGACCUCGUAGAGAAAGUGACAUGGAACAUUGGCGCCAGUUGGCCUUCUCCCUCAUAGGGGUAUUGUGUUUACUGGUUGUGGUAGCUACUGUUAUCGUAUUUGUGACAUACGCUAGAUUUCUGAAGUAUCGUCAGGCUAAGACACGGCGACAAUCAAUUUCAGAAAGAGGUGAAAUGGAGGGGGAAUAUGUUGUUAUACAUCGACGUCCUUCUGGAUACAUCCCCACAUCUUUAGAGGAGUUUAACCAGAUCUCGGAAGGUUCACCUGUGUCGCCUCUCCUAGAAAGUUUGUCCCACAAUAAUUAUCACCGGGGGCCUGACAGAUACUCGAGACUUCCGCGCCGCAACAAUUAUCGCCCUCAGAGAAGACUUCUCAAUGAGUAUGUUGACGAUGUGUUUGAAUCAGAUAAUAGUGAUGGGUCAAGGACAUCUGGGAUCAGGGGACAUCUACAGACAAUUCCAGAGACACCCGAUGGGGAUGUCUAAAAUAUGGAAACAUUUCUAUGUGUAUGAUAAGAAAUCCGACCUUAAAGUCAAGAUCUCUAGAGUGUUUGAUUGGAGAUGGAAAACAGUGUAUAUAUGUUUAAAUGAUAGAGGUAGUAUGUGUGUUGAAAAAUUCAAGACUUUGUAUAAUACAAGUACAAUGAUUUUUUACUCUGAGAGCUGAAAUGAAUGAGGUUAAGUUUGUUAUGUCAGAGAGACAUUAUAAUUGUAUGAACAAGUCUUAGUGUUAUGUCAGAGAGACAUUAUAAUUGUAUGAACAAGUCUUAGUUAAGCUAGAGAUAUAUUUUAAUGUAAAAUUAGCUGCAUACAUGCUACAGCAUUGCAGGUGGACUACACAUAAUUCUUGUUUUGUAUGAUUUUCAAAAUCUUCGGGUUAAUUUAUCAAUGUUUGUUUUAAAUUUUCAUAAAAACAAAAAUGUCAAGUCUGAUUAAUGCAUUUGAAGGGUUUCCACAAACAGAUCAAUUUAGGUCAAAAGUGACUUAAUAUUUUGUUUGCAGGAUUGAAUACACUGUCUAUGGCCGGUUUCUGGUUGUUUCCUAGGUUAAUCACACUGUCAACAGUUAGGGUGAUUUCUGGUUGUUUGCUAGGUUGACCACAGUGUCAACAGUCAGGAUGAUUUCUGGUUGUUUGCUAGGUUGACCACUGUGUCAACAGUCAGGGUGAUUUCUGGUUGUUUGCUAGGUUUAUCACUGUGUCAACAGUCAGGAUGAUUUCUGGUUGUUUGCUAGGUUUAUCACUGUGUCAACAGUCAGGAUGAUUUCUGGUUGUUUGCUAGGUUAAUCACACUGUCAACAGUCAGGGUGAUUUCUGGUUGUUUGCUAGGUUGACCACAGUGUCAACAGUCAGGAUGAUUUCUGGUUGUUUGCUUGGUUAAUCACACUGUCAACAGUCAGGGUGAUUUCUGGUUGUUUGCUAGGUUGAUCACUUUGUCAACAGUCAGGGUGAUUUCUGGUUGUUUGCUAGGUUGAUCACUGUGUCAACAGUCAGGGUGAUUUCUGGUUGUUUGCCAGGUUUAUCACUGUGUCAACAGUCAGGGUGAUUUCUGGUUGUUUGCCAGGUUUAUCACCGUCAUCAGCCAGGG